GCAUGGCGAGUACCAGUAGUGGUGUAACUUCGACGUUACAGACUUUCAAAGAUUUAGGCUUAAAUUCAUGGCUUUACAACCAGUGUAAAAACAUGGGAAUAAGUAAACCAACUGCAAUUCAAGUGAACUGUGUCCCACCAAUUCUCAGUGGACAAGACUGCAUUGGCUGCGCCAAGACUGGGAGUGGUAAAACAGCGGCAUUUGCUUUGCCUAUACUCCAGAAACUGUCUGAGGAUCCAUAUGGGAUAUACGCUCUUGUUCUCACUCCAACCAGAGAGCUGGCAUUCCAGAUUGCGGAACAGUUUAAAGUAUUGGGAAAACCCAUUGGAAUCCGAGUGUCUGUAAUAACAGGAGGAUUAGAUAUGAUUCAGCAGGGGUUGGACUUGGCGGUCAAGCCUCACAUUGUCAUCUCCACCCCAGGGCGUCUGUCAGACCACAUACAAAGCUGUGAUACAUUCAGCCUUAAGAAAAUCAAAUUUCUGGUUCUGGAUGAAGCAGACAGGCUGAUAGAAGAUGAUUUUGGAGAACAACUUGAAGCCAUAUUUAAAGUGCUACCUAAGAAACGACAGACACUUCUGUUCAGCGCUACCAUGACUAAAACCCUGGAGAGUCUCCAGGAAAUAGGCAUGAACAAACCAUUCUUCUGGCAACAGAAAUCUGACACACUAUUGGUGGAGGGGCUGGAACAGCACUACUGUCUCAUGGCUGCCGACGUGAAGGAUGCCUACCUUAUGCACAUUCUCGACAAAUUCACCGAGGAGAACCCAAAGAGUUCCAUCAUGAUUUUCACCAACACAUGCAAGUACACACAGAUCCUAGGGAUGAUCUGUACAAGUCUGGGCCUCAACUGUGUAAUCUUACAUGCAAUGUGCAAACAGAAGGAGCGUCUUGCAGCCUUGGCAAAGUUCAAGUCUAACCAAGUCAACAUCCUCAUUGCUACUGAUGUGGCCAGUAGGGGUUUAGACAUACCAACAGUAGAUCUGAUUAUGAACCACAACGUGCCGUCCCGACCCAAAGACUACGUACACAGAGUUGGUCGUACAGCAAGGGCAGGUCGAGGUGGCAAGUCAAUUACCUUGGUGACACAGUUUGACAUUAAGUUGGUGCAUGCCAUUGAGGAAUUCACAAAAAAAAAGAUGACUGAGUACAAAGCUGAAGAAAAAGAGGCCUUACGUAUACUUGUGGAAGUGGCUACAGCCAGGAGGGAGGCCGAGAUUAAAUUAGAUGAAAGAGACUUUGGAGAAAGAGACACAAUUAACAAAAGGAAAAGGAUGAUAUUAGAAGGAAAAGAUCCAGAAAAAGAAGAAAAGAAGAAACAGAAAUAUUUAAAAGAGAAACAGAAAGACUGGAAGAAGCAAAAAAUGAAGAAGAAGACGAAGACAUGAUUUCGUCCUUUGUAAAUGUUAUUUGUAUUGUAAUUGUUACUGUUCUGUUACUUGAAGAUUUCCUAACAGUUGACAUUAUAGAGACUUUAAAAGAUGGACGCCAGUUUGAAGUUAUCUGGAAUAACCUGGUUCAUUAGACUUUGUCUAGUAAACAAAGGGUUGAAGUCCAAAACAAAGAAUAUCUUUUUUACCAUGUGUCUUAACAAAAUCUGAAAGUUGAUGAUGAUAUUUCUUCCUUGCAAUGUCAGCUUCAAAGCAAAUAUCUGUUUAAAUCUCUGUUAGAAAACAUGUUUCUGGUACUGGAAAGAAUAUUGAUUUUGAAGGCCUGUUCCCCUUCUAAAAUGAUCUACCUUUGAUGGGGAUAGGGAGUUUCAGUCGGUCGGACCGUUUAUCCUCAGGUGAGGAUCCGAGGUGGAUGGUUCGAUGCUCCCUAUCCGUGUCGGUUUGUGUUCUUCUCAGGAAGCUAAGAAACAGACCAGUCUGUGCUUUUAUGGUUUUGUCCUUGGGCAAGUCACUUAAUGACUUUAUCCUAAUUGCUCUGGAUGGCAUGCAACAGGCCUCACGUAGACAAACAAAUAAACUUUUGAUGAAAUAAAAUGUGUUGAAAUUGAGAUACAUGUAGUAUAUAAUAUCUUUUAUUAUUAUGAUUGUUAUUGUUAAUUUAUCAUUAUACCUAUAGUAAUAACUUGUUUAAAUGAAAUGCUAGAUGUGUUGAAUAUAAAUGUUUACAGCUGGGUAACAGUUGAAUGUGUAUGGACAUUACUGUUUCAUAAUUAUGUCCGAAAUCAGGCUUUUGGUGCCUAUUUAAUAAAAACAUAGUUUUGUGUUUUCUCGGAGAUUAUUACAACUGUUACCUGUAACACAAUGGCAUAUCGGAGAGAGAAGGCUGGCCAAUAUAGACAUUAUAAUUACAUGAAGCUGAGUGACUUACCUCCCCUUACCCACAAACUAAAAUAGUUAUACAGGUUUUACCUGUAAUUCACAGAACACCAUCCUUGAUACUCCGGGGGUUAAUGUUCACCUGGGGUGUCAUCACAAAGCAUAGGUAGUCAAAACCCCCUGGGGUGUCAUCACACAGCGUAGGUAGUCGUAACCCCUGGGGUGACAACACAGAGUGUAGUUAGUCGUAACCCCUAGUGUGUCAUCACAGAGUGUAGUUAGUCGUAACCCCUGGGGUGACAACACAGCGUAGGUAGUCGUAACCCCUGGGGUGUCAUCACAGAGCGUAGGUAGUCGUAACCCUUAGGGUGUCAUCACAGAGUGUAGUUAGUCGUAACCCCUGGUGUGUCAUCACAGAGCGUAGGUAGUCGUAAACCCUGGGAUGACAACACUGAGCGUAGGUAGUCGUAACCCCUGGGGUGUCAUCACAGAGCAUAGGUAGUCGUAACCCCUGGGGUGUCAUCACAGAGCGUAGGUAGUUGUAACCCCUGGGGUGACGUGUCAUCACUGAGCAUCAGUAGUCGUAACCCCUGGGGUGUCAUCACAGAGCGUAGGUAGUUGUAACCCCUGGGGUGACGUGUCAUCACAGAGCAUAGGUAGUCGUAACCCCUGGGGUGACAACACAGAGCGUAGGUAGUUGUAACCCCUGGGGUGUCAUCACAGAGCAUCAGUAGUCGUAACCCCUGGGGUGUCAUCACAGAGCAUAGGUAGUCGUAACCCCUGGGGUGUCAUCACAGAGCGUAGGUAGUUGUGGGGUGACGGCAGAAUACUUCAUUUUACUGUAACAUAUUUUUGAUUGUAUCAGUUUUCUCUUUAGCAUGUGCAAUAAAUCAUGUCCAUGAUAUAGUAAUGA